GAAAGAGCUGAGGGUCUUUAAUCGUCAAUUUACAAGCAACCGGGUCCAAACUGAACUCGAAAUGGAGGUCGAGUUAAUGGGAAUCUCGAUGUCGUUGACAUGGCUUCUAUCCAUGAUCACCCUGGGGUUCAGCGUCCUGUACGUAGCAUAUGAAUGCUGGAGUCGUACUUACUGGUGGCGGCGUGGUGUGCCUUACGAGCCCUCUCUACCGAUUAUUGGCAAUCCUCUCUUUACAUCGAAAAUUCCAGAAAAUUUCGUGGAGUGGAAUAAGAAAUAUGGAAAAGUCUACGGGACGUAUUCAUUCAGGGACCCGGUCCUAGUUGUUGGCGACCCCGAAAUGUUGCGUCAUCUGCUGGUCAAGAGCUUCAAUAGUUUCCACAACAGAGUCAGUUUCCCGCAGAUUCCUGAGGAGUUGGCAGGAAUGGUUUCCCUCUUGGAGGGCGAGCGAUGGAAGGAAGUGAGGAAUGUCUUAACCCCAUCCUUCAGCGGCGCAAAGAUGAAACAAAUGUCACAUCUGGUCAACAAUAGCGCAGAUAGUCUCGUCAAGCAUAUCGGCAUCAUGCAGAAAGAGAAAGGACACACUGAAUUCCAAAACCUAUUUGGGUCUUUCGUCAUGGACACGGUUGGGAGCUGUGCUUUUGGUAUCGACAUCGAUUCACAGUCCGAUCCCAAAAGCCCUUUUGUAACCAAUGCUAAGAAAGCCUUCCAGUUUGAUCUCACCAACCCGCUCUUCAUCCUCGGAACUCUCAUACCAAUACUGGGGAAAGUCCUGACUUACUUUCGGAUUGCAAUGUUCAUACCUGCUGAUACCCUGGACUUUUUCAGGGAUGUCAACAAAAAGACGAUUGCUCUGAGAAAGAGCAGCUCCUCUGGUCCCAACUCUAAGAGGGUUGAUUUCCUGCAAUUGCUGCUUGACGCUCAGAAGCAAGAAAACAUCGACAAGGAAUCCAAACCCGAGGAGGAGGAGGAGGACGAUGACGACAUUCAUGCCGAUCUGGACAAGCACCACGAUGUCCAGUACCACUCGAGGGGUCUUGGCAAGAAAGCCACUCUGACGGACAAUGAGGUCUUUGCUCAGGGGCUGAUCUUCUUUACUGCUGGCUCCGAGACCACCACCACUCUCCUUGGGUUCAUCGCUUACUCCUUGGCCACCAAUCCCGAGGCCCAGGAGAAGCUUAUCGACGAGAUUGACAGGGUGACGCCCUCUCGCGACAGUGUCGGGUAUAAGUCUGUUGCCACAAUGCCCUACCUGGACCAGGUGGUCUGCGAGACUCUGCGGAUAUUUCCACCUGCUGCCGUCUCCAAUAGGAUGUGUAACGAGACCUUUGUACACAAUGGAUUGAUGAUUGAGAAGGGCACCCAAGUCUUCAUUCCUGUCUACACCAUCCAUCGCGACCCGGACUACUGGCCAGAACCAGAGAAGUUUGUCCCGGAGAGAUUCACCAAAGAAGCCAAGGCCAAGCAACACCCGCUCGCUUGGCAACCUUUCGGAGCCGGUCCUCGCAACUGUAUCGGGAUGCGUUUUGCUUUAAUGGAAACCAAGAUGGCCGUCGUGCGCGUAUUCCAGAACUACCGGCUCGAGACAAACGCACAGACAGAGAUUCCUCCAAAGUUCAACAGAACCGGUUUUCUGACUCCGCCCAACGGGAUUACACUCACGGCAGUACCCAGGACUGACAAAGUUGCCUAUUGACGAUUCCCAUUCAGUCAAUGUAGCUUGCAUGGAAAAACUGUCGACCUGAAAUGAUCGAAAAUAAUAAGAAAUCAAUAAACUAAAAUUUGUUUUCAGUUUGAUAGAAUACGGGUAAUAUACAACAACUACAACAACUACUACUACUACUACUUCUACUACUACUACUACUACUACUACUACUACUAC